GGCAUAACUAAUGGACUUCUGUGGCGUGAAGAAACUGAUUUGAAACGAGCAUUAUAUGCAUCUUUGCAAGAAACACGAAGAAGGAAUUUAGAAGACGAGGAAGAUGACCCCGAAGAAGAGGAAAAAAUAGUUCCUAAUGUUCAGGCUGCUGAAAAUGGAGAAGAAAGUCCCAAAAAAGCAAAAGUUCAUGCUCAGCGUAAAUUUGCUCAGGGUUCUACUCCAAAUAGUCCUGUUCCAACCCCUUUAAAAGUCCCUUAUGUAAAUUCUUCAACAACAGAACUUCUGCCAUACAGGAGACCUAAAACUGAAGACUUCUUAACAUUUCUAUGUUUAAGGGGUACUUCGAUUUUACCUCCAUCUCUAGAUUUCUUAAAUUCCUGCUCAAAAAGUGACAGUAGCUCAGAUUGCCGAAGCCUGAGUCCUGAGCCAGAAAUUAAAGAAUGUCCAAAUGUAAAAGAAAUAUCUGCUAAGAAUUCUGAUAGUCGUGAGAAGAUUAAUGCUAAGCAUGAAAUUGUAGAGAAUGGGGUACGCAGACAUGCCUGUAAAGCUUCAUCCAAACGUCACCCAGGUGCUUCCCAGGUUAUUAAGAAAACAAAUUCAACAGUACUUAAAUCACAGAAAGAGGUAUCAAUUGUACGCAAAAGAAAGUCAAGAGAUCAGAGUGAUCAAGAUUUUAUUCCAACAAAUGUUUCAUCUCGUUUAAAAUCCUCAUGUAAUGGAAGAACAAGGUCAUCAACAUUUCAUGCCCUUAGAGAAAAAUACAAGAAACAGAGAAUUGCUGCUGAUAAGAAAAAAUUAUUACCUGUUAAAAAUACAAAUGCUGCUACCUCUUUGAUAUCUCAUACAAGAGGGCAUGCUACUAGAUCACAAAGCAUUAAAUCUCUGUCAAAGAGAAAUUCACCGGAGGUUGUUGAAACUAAGACUCGGCUGAAACCGGGACAUGUAAUUUUAACUAAAAAUAAACAGACUCGCAUCGAAAGAAAGCUUGCCAUGGAAAAGCGUAAAUCUUUACGAUCGGCUCAUCCUACUAGAGAUUUCAGCCAGAAAAGAAUUUCCGUUUUAAGUAAAAAGACUCCGUGGCUUCGGCGAGCCAAACUUGUCCCUCCUAUUGUAGACGUUGAUUCUGAUAGUGAACCAGAAAUCAUCAGUGCAGCUCCAACAAAAAAGAUUACUCCUGCUGUCACCCCAAGUGGGCCAGAAAAUGUAUCAAAUAAAAAUUCUGUAUCUGAGCGACUACGUAGCAGGCGUUUUGCUUCUAAAGUGCAUUCUCAUUUAUCUUCGCAGCAAGUUUUGCUCCGGAAGCACAUGCAAAAUCGUUUAAAAGCAAAGAAAAAUAUUCUGAAAAAUAAAAAUAUAAAAUCGAGAACUAUUAUUAAGCGAGCAACUAAGCAAAAUAUGUACAAAAAAGUUAGAAAAAGUCUUGUUAUGAAAACAAUGUCCUUAAGAAAAGACCUUCAAAAUAAACGUGUUACGCGUAGUGCCAAACAUCAGAUAGAAGAGCUGUUUUGGUCCAAUCCUGAAAAACGGUCAAAAGUACUAAGCACUAAAAGAAUUCCAGUUUCUAAACCUGACAAAAAACGUGUACUGCCAAAAGAUUUCCCUCCUCCUAAAAGACAGAAAGUAGUACAUACGGUUAAAGAUUUGAAACCAUCAAAGUGUCAGUCCAAGGAACCUCUGAAAAGGAAACCUAUAGCUGUAGAUGGAACAAGAGCAUCGAAACAAAAUACAUCUGUGAGUGAUGUUCUUAAAGUAAAAGAAUCUGUAAAAAUUACCCGAAGCUCAAAAGUUUUAGCUCCAGUUGAUGAUAAACCAAGCACUUCAUCUAGUGUUUGUAAUGGAUCUUUGCUUCCAAAAUCUAAAACAGAAAGUAUGUCAAAUAUUAAAAGCCCAGGGGCAAAUGCAACUAAUACACUUUUACAUACUAAAGCCAAAACAGAAAGUAUGUCAAAUAUUAAAAGCACAGGAGCAAGUGUAACUAAUACAUUUUUACAUCCAAAAUCCAAAACAGAAAGUACAUCAAAUAUUAAAAGCAUGGGGGCAGCUAAUAUACUUUUACAUACUAAAUCCAAACCAGAAAAUAUAUCAAAUAUUAAAAGCCCAGUGGUAAAUGUAACUAACACACUUUCACAUACUAAAGCCAAAACAGAAAGUAUGUCAAAUAUUAAAAGCACGGGAGCAAGUGUAACUAAUACACUUUUACAUCCGAAAUCCAAAACAGAAAGUACAUCAAAUAUUAAAAGCACAGGGGCAGCUAAUAUACUUUUACAUACUAAAUCCAAACCAGAAAAUAUAUCAAAUAUUAAAAGCCCAGUGGUAAAUGCAACUAAUACACUUUUACAUACUAAAUCCAAACCAGAAAAUACCUCAAAUAUUAAAAGUGCAGGGGCAAAUGCAACUAAUGCACUUUUACAUACUAAGUCCAAAACAGAAAGUAUGUCAAAUAUUAAAAGCACAGGGGCAAAUGCAACUAAUACACUUUUACAUACUAAAUCCAAACAAGAAAAUAUGUCAAAUAUUAAAAGCAUAGGGGCAAAUGCAACUAAUACACUUUUGAAUACUAAAUCCAAAACAGAAAGUAUAUCAAAUAUUAAAAGCACAGGUUCAAAUGUAGCUAAUUUAGUUUCACAUACUAAAUCCAAAACAGAAAGCAUACCUCAUACUAAAACUUCUGAAAUUACAUCUAAUGCUUUACCAUAUAUUAAAACUAUAUCAGGAAAUGUGUCUAAUGUUAAAAACCUAGCAACAGCUUCAUCUGAAAUAAUUUUACAUUCUAAAACUAAAAGUGAAAAUAUAUCUAAUGAUAAAAAUUGGGAAACAAAAGCAUCUAAUCUAUCUUCACCUUCUAAAGCUAAAAUAGAAAAUGCAUCUGUUAAAAACAUACCACCUGCUACAUUUGAUAUUUCUUUGCAUUCUAAAACAAAAACUGCAAAUAUAUCAAACGAUAAAAAUGCAAAAAUUGCACAUUCUAGUGUAUCUUCACAUCCAAACUCUAAAUUGGAAAAUAUAUCCAAUGUUAAAAGUUUAGUUACUGUACCUAAUACAUUUGCACAUCCUAAAGCUAUAGUAGAGAAUGGAGCAAAUCUUAAAACUUCAUCUAAUAUCAAAAACUCAUGUGCUAGGUUGAGCAAGGAAAAUAGUGCAAGUACUUCAAAGGAAUCGAGAACUAUUAAUAUCCCUACUUCUGAGCAGUCCAGUUCUUUUGAUGUUAAUGUUAAACAUAUUACUGAUAUUCAUAAGCCAAGUACCUCUAGUGCUGGUUUGCAAAGCUUACCUAACACAUUUGAUUCAGAAAUUAGCAAACUGAAUUUAUUGCCUUCAGUUGUCUCUGAGGUUAAAACACUAAACAGAGUGUGUAAUAAUACUGAGACUAAUAAAAAUGAUUUUAGGAAUAAAGAUACUGAUGCAUUGAUAGAAGUGAAAGAAACUAAUGUUCAAAAUAAUUUAAACUUCUCAGAAACUGAAAAAAGUGCUAACAAAGAUAUUUCAAAGUUGAUUGUUUUAAAUGUUGAAUGUGAUGAAUCAAAUUUAAUUGAGAAAUAUGAACCUUGUUGUAGUAAAUUUAUUAGAGAAGGACAUAAAGAAAAAUCACCCGAAGACAGAACUUCGAAAAUUGAAACGUUUAAAGAGCAGAAUGUAAAAGAUAAUGUUCAGUCUUGUAAAAAGAGUGCUGAAAAGAAGUACUUGAAGAAACAUGAUAAAGAUCAUGCAUUAUCUCCAAGAAAAUAUAUUGAAAAAGCCCAAAAACUUCAUAGAAAAGAAAGUGAAAAGAGUGGAAAAUCUCAUAAAAAGGAUUAUAAUAAAGAGAAAGAUUCCUCAGCAGUGAGUAAAGAUGUGAGAAAAAGUACUGAUAAAUUGCAUCAGAAAAAAGAAUUAAAUAAAAGUAAACACGAAAAUAGUUUUACCUCUGAGGAGUCUGAUAGUGACAUAGAUAUAAAAUCAUUAAGCAGGUCUAUUAAUAAGAAAGAAUAUAAAGAAAAACUUGUCAGCAUUCUUGAUGAUAGUAGAUCCAACAAAAAAGGUCUAGAUAAAGUUCCCAAGAAAGAAUUAAAUAAAGAUAAAAGUGAAAGUACAAGAUGUCAAAAUGAAAAUGAUUUUGUAAAAAUAAACAAAAAUACAAACAAGUUGAACCAGAAAAAAGAUAAAAUUGAAAAGAAUAGAAAUCAUUAUGAAAAUACUGUAAUUACUGGAAAGAAUUCUGUCAUAUUAGAUCAAGAAAAUGAAAGGGGAGAAAAUCUUAAAGAACAGUUGAAUAAUAAAGUUACUUCCAAAAUGCCUAAUGAAAUAAUACUGUCGGACUCUGAUGAUGAUUCCGAUUAUGAUAUAACUUUAGACCAUUUUAUAAAAUUGAAAUCUGAAAGUAAAUUACAGCACAAAUCUGAAUCUUUUAAUACUAAUGAAAAUUUUACUUUAAGCAAAGAAUUAAAUACUGAAGUGAAUGCAGUCAGUAAGGCAAAUAAAGAUAUUACAAUAGAGAAAAAAGAAACAAAUAAGGAACUUCACAAAUUUAAAAAGGACAGUGAUUCUUCUAAACAUAAGAAAGAUAGCUCUAAAAAUAAGACUCACGACAAGGAAUCAAAAGCUUUCCGAAAGGAAGACAAACUGAAUAAAAAAGAGGCUGGAAAGUCUUUAGCAAAACUGUUGAAGAAGGAACGAGAGAGAGAGAAAAUUUUGUUUAGUAAAAAAGAGGAUAAGGAAAAAUCUAAGCAUAAAAGAGAUGGUUCUAGUAGCUCUAAGUCAUCUAAAAGAGAUUUUGAAAAAGAUGGCCUAAAGCUAAGCAAGAAAGAAAUAAAAGAUGGCUGCUCAUCUGAAAAGCCAAUUGACAUAAAUCCUGAAUUUUUAGAAAUAAAGAAGGAUAAAAGUAGCAAAAAAGAAUCUGGUAAAUUGUCAAGAUCAAAUAGUUAUGAUGAAACAAAAUCGCCUAAGAAGAAGAAAAAACAUAAUCAGUUUAGAGAUAUAGAAAAGAUUAAGAGAAUAUUUAGUAAAUCUACCAUUCUUGAUGAACUUAGGGGAUUCAAAGAAUUUAAGCGGCGAAUGUCAGGUGAUAAAUCUGAGUAUAAGAAAUCAAAAAAGCGAAGAAAAUUGGCCAUAUUAAAGGGGAAAAAAAUGUCUAAAAAACUCUCUGAAAAACUUCUCAGAAAAUAUUCUAAAAAGAAAGGACUUAAAUCUAAAAAGAACAAACUUAAAAAGAAGGAACUUCGUAAAGAACUAAAGUUUACGGAUUUAGGAGGUAAAUUACAUUCCAAAAGUAAAAAACAAAAGCACAAAGCUAAAACGGAACAUCAUAGAAAAGAUAGCCAGGAAAAACUGAGAAUUACUGAAAAUGCUGUAAUAUCAAAUGGCAAAAUCACCAGUUCUAUACCUGAAAAUUCGCAGUUUAUCGCAAAAUUAAAACCAGAAUCGCACGUUGCAGCAGAACAAGUGCUUAUUGCGUCUGAACCGUUGAGUAGCAGUAUUCAGAUGUGUACCAACGAGACUAGUACAGCACCUUCAUUUAUUAUUGAAAAUGUAGCUGAAGUUGUUCCUGCAAUAGAAGCUAUAUCAGCUGAUGUUUCACAGCCUAUUCCUGCUGAUCUUGUUUUCAGUGCUCCAGAUGAGUUGCAAACUAUUGUGACUGGUGAGUUUAGUGGUGUAUUUGAUGAAGCUUUUCCUUCUGGUACGAUACUCUUAGCUACCAGAGACAGCAUCUCUCAAGUGCCUGUACAUUUUAUUCAGGAUUUGUCUGUCCCCAAAACUAUGGCCGAUGCUGCCACAAAUACUGGAGAUGACGACAUCGAUGAAAGUAUUAAUAUCAUUCCCGAGUACCUCAGAAGCGAAGAGAUGUCCGUGGGGACACAGACAAUAACUCCUGCUGGCUCUCCGUCGCCGACAGUUGAAGUGCGUACUUUGGUGCCUUCUCAAGUAGUUGAAUCGCCUUUAGCAACGAAAAAGAAAGAUGAGUUUGUAAAGCCUUCCACAUCCGCUAGUUCUUAUACCAAAGUUCCUGAGAAAAUACCUGUUCCUACUGUUUCGACUCCUGGUAAAAGUAAAUCUACAAAUGCUGUAAAUAGUUCAUUAGAGUCUUCCUCUCCCAAGGUCAAGAAAAGGACCUUCGUAAAAAAAGCUAAAAUUCCCCUGCAUUUUUCGUUGUCAAAUAGUGAACCUUUUCCAUUAGAAACUGCAAGAAUGGUGGCAGCACCUGUGUAUUAUCCCACCAUGGAGGAGUUCCGAGAUCCUUUGGAGUACAUUUGUAAGAUACACCCUGAAGCUGGAAAAUACGGUAUUUGUAAAAUAGUCCCACCUUCAUCUUUCAAGCCUGAAUGCAAAGUUAAUGAUGACAUGCGGUUUACAGCUCAUAACCAAUAUGUACAUAAAAUGUUAUACAGAUGGGGUCCAAAUGUACAACAUACUGCAUGCAUUAGAAAACAUUUAAAAUCUCAAAAAGUAAAACUGGAGCAGGCUCCUUUAAUUGGCGGCAUUGAGUUAGACAUAUCAAAAUUUUAUCAUACUGUUCAGCAGUUUGGUGGAUUGCAGCAAGUUAUUGAGAAAAAGAAGUGGCAGAGAGUUGCCGAUAUUAUCAAAGUGCCAAAAACUGCACAAGAUAGGGUUACGAAGCUGUAUGAUGCAUACUGUAAAUAUUUAGUUUCUUAUGACACACUGCCAGCUGAUGAGAAGCAAAAACUAGAGGAAGAUGUGCUUGCUGAUCAUGAGCGACAUGUUAGACUGCGUAACAGUGCAAAAGACUCUGAAAAAGAGGAAGAAGAUGCAGAUGAUGAUGAGAAUAAUGACUGUGUUACAAAAGGGCGAUCGAUGUCUUUGAGUAAUUUCUUUAGAAUAGCAAGAAAUACAAUGAGCAUGUGGUUUAAAAAUGACCCAUCCCCUGAAGAAGUCGAGCAUGAAUUUUGGAAAGUAGUCACAGAAAGGCAACACCAUGUUGUCGUACAUGCCGGAAAUAUCGAUAGCAGCGUGUAUCAAAGUGGAUUUCCCUGCAAUCGGAAUAGCCCAUUUGCAAAACAUCCGUGGAAUUUAAAAGUAUUAACCAAUAACAGCAACUCUAUAUUAAAAUGUAUGGGUCCUGUCUCAGGUAUUACAAUACCCACUUUACAUGUUGGCAUGUUAUUUACUACUGGUUGUUGGUAUAGGGAUCCCCAUUCCUUACCAUGGAUUGAAUACUUGCAUACUGGAGCUAGCAAAAUUUGGUAUGGAGUUCCUGCUAAUGGAUGUGAAAAAUUUAGAAAUGGAAUGAAAAAAAUAAUGCCUGAAUAUUGUACAAAUAACCCAAUAUGGUUGCCGUCUGAUACUGCUAUGGUUCCGCCAGAUUUGUUGGUCAAACAUGGAGCAUCACUAAGUCGUACCAUUCAGAACAGUGGGCAGUUUGUUGUAAUUUUUCCAGAAUCUUUUACGUCAACAAUAUGUUGUGGCUACUGUGUGUCAGAAUCUGUAUACUUUGCACCUACACCAUGGUUAGAUUUGGCUAUGAAAGCAUUUCAGGAUAUAAGAAACAGCUAUGAACCACCUGCAUUCUCACUUGAAAGAUUGUUGUUUAGCAUAGCGAAUGAUCCGAAAACACAGCCUGAAACUUUGGAAAAGAUACUUCCUAUGGUUAAAGAAAUCAGGAGUAAAGAACUGAGCCUUAGAUCACAGCUAAGUGAUUUAGGAUUAAAACAGUGUGAAAGAAUACCUCUACUAGAAAUGAAAGAUAAGAAAAAGAAGUCUAGAGGCAUUGAGGAUGAAAGUGAACAAGAAUGUGAAAUAUGUCGCUCUCAUUGUUAUGUAUCUAUGGUUGUUUAUUCCCAAGAAGAUUGCAUUUAUUGUCUUCCCCAUGCUUUGGAAUAUAUUCCAAAGAAAAAUCUGAAAUCUUCUAAACUUAUGUAUACAUAUGAUGAGAAAGAUCUUGAUGAACUCAUAAAAAAAAAUGAAGAACUUAUUUCAAGCCAAAUGCACAAACUUAAUGCUAAAAAGAAAUCCCCGAAGAAGAAAGUGUUAAUUCCUUUUGAAAAGUCUGCAGCCCAUAAUAAAAAGGAAAAUUCUUCAUUAUAGGAAUUGAAAGUAUUUUAAUUGCAGUUUUAUCUUAUUUAUUUAUAGUCAUUUCACUAAAUCAAAUGUUGAACACUAUGUGCCAUUUUUCUUUUUAUUUUGGUAAAAUAUUUUUCUCAUAUAUUGUUUUAUUAUAAAUAUCAUGUUAUUGUUUAUAGGUGUAUGACAAUUAAUCUUUUAAUGUGUCUUGUACUGAGAUCAUUGUUAUGUGAAUCAUUUUAAUUCAUAGGUUCAUUUUUAAUUCACAGAACUAUCGCAUUUGUAUUUAAAAUUGUGUGCCAUUGCUUAUUUUUUAUAGAGGUGCUUCUUUUUAAUCUGAACUUUACAGAAACUAAUAAUUAUUAUUUAUAUUAAAAAAAAAAGAUUUAAUGAAGUAUGCAGUACUUUCCUUAUACUGAAACUUUUAUGCUUUAUGAAUCAAUUAAGAAUUUUUCAUUAUAAAAAAAAAAAAAAAUAUUGUUAAGCUUUAAUAUUGCCGAAUGUGUAGUAACUUUAGUAAACACGAAAUGGUUAAGGUAAAAGUUGGAGGAAGGCAACCAUUACUUUAAACUGUGGUAUUCUGCAUUAAAGAACAGUUUUCAUAUAACAUAUAUAUUGCAUUAAUUUAUGUACAUUUCACAUGUAAAUUGUUAAAUUAUUUUUGCUGGUGCUAAUUUUCAGGUGUAACAGUUUUUUUUUUUUUAAAUACUACACAGCACACAUAGGCUAGAGGAAGAGAUGCCUUCAUAAAUGAUUUUCUAUUGGAAACUAGCUUAUACUUACACAUAUCGAUAACCACGAAAACAUCCAUUUAACCAGCCUAUUCAUCGGAACUGGAACACAGGUUGAACUACCAGUGUUUAAUGGUCUUAACCACUCAGCUGCUGGUGGUUUUAACAUUAUCAGAUAAAUAUAUUUUGUUCUUUUCCUGAUAUGCAUAAUUUGUUAAUUUAUUUUCUGUUUAUCUCUUUUACUAAUACACACCUUCAAAUCUUUUUUCUGAUGCUUUAUCAGCAGUUUUACAAAAAAUUACCCAUAAACAAAAAUCUGCACUGAGAAGAUAAGUACUUGAAGAUAACUUUUGUAAAUAAAAGAGUUAUUGUAAUAAAAAGACAUGCUAAGCAGUAAGGAAGGGCAUAAUUAGUCUUAGUCAUAAAAGCAAAUCAUAUAGCCAUAAAAUUCAGUUAAAAAAAAAAAAAAAAAAGGCCUUCAUGUAUUAUUGCAGCAUAUUUGAUUGCACUUACUCAGAAAGACAUAUUCUGAUGAUAGAAAUUAAAUUUGGCAUUUAUCAUACACAUUAGAAUUAAGAUAAUGUUAAUCUGUCCAGAACAUCAGGUUAUCAAAAUUCAUGUGCAAAAUUUAACUUGAAAAAGGAAAAUAUGUUUCUGUUAAAUGUACACGAUACUUCUCCACAGUAAGUAAAUGUAUAUACAAUGUACAUAAAUUUAUUUUCUUGAAUUCAUUUAUGCACCUCUAAUAACAAAUGAACUCUAAUAGUUCUUUAUGCAUACACUGCAAAUUAGCAAUAAUUACUUGAACAUUAUAAUUGCACUAAGAACUCCAAAAUUUGUUGCACUAAAAUACAUUUGAGAAUGUUAAUGUGAAACAUUGCUAUGGUAUUAUUUAGGUUCGAAAUGGUCUAGUAUAGUUCUAGAACUGAAACUAUUCAUUUUAAUAAAAGAAAUGAGGCAAUAAUUUAUUAAAAAGCAUAUACACUUAAAAAUAUUUUCAAUAAUUUAUUCUUUUUGAAAAAAAAUAUAUAGAGCUAUUUUAAAUUCUUUCCUCUUCCCCCCUCCCCUCCCAACUAAGUACCAAACUUCAGUGUCCCUUACGUUACAAUAGUUAAUAUUUAUGCAUAUAACAUAAACAAAGAAAAAACUUUAUUAAGCAACUAAAAUGCUGUAUUUUAAUUUUGAAUUAAAGUUUAAGGUCAGAAAAUUCGAAUACUCUUUUUUCAGAUAACUCAUUAUAUAUAUAUUUCUUUUUUACAGCCUUAUUUGAGAAAAAAUUUUAAUAUAUUUAAUUUUAUAUAAUUUUUUUGAAAAAAUGAAAUAUCAAAAAUCUUUAAGUAUGAUUCAUAUUUAUGAAGAAUAAUCGGUAUGGAUUUUUUCUUAUUAUUUAAGUAUAUUGAUACAGCAGAUUUUCAUCAAAAACAUUCAUUAAAAAAAUGUUUCAUAAAGGAGACUAAUAAAAAUGUUCUGCUAUGCAAAAAUAGUUCAAGGUGCAUGGAAAGAUUUCCACCUUGAACAAGAAGUGCCCUUGCCAGUAAUUGCAAUUAACAAACAACGACUAUAUAGUCUUCCUCCAUUAUUUUUAUUAUAUACUUAGCUACUCCGAAUGUGUUUCAAAGCAAACUGUGUUUUAGUACCAUAAGUACUGCACAAUGAAAUUCAGAUAACAACACAAGGUUUAAGUAGCCUAUUUUAAGCAAUAAUCUGGUGAUUUCUCAAGAAUAAUUCUGAAUAAAGUGCAUUACUCUCUAACUCUCAGCUGCAGCCAAAUUGUUUUUACAUGUUCCUAAUCAAAUUUUGGUGCCAUAAACUUUUUUUUUUUUUUCCUUUGUGCAAAUAUUGUUAGCUCAGAGGGUGUUCGCACAUUUUUGUAACCAUUUUGCAAAAGAUUUAUAUAUAAACAAAUCUUAGAAUUUUAUUUUCUAAUAUGUUCAGUCUGGGAGUCUUUUUGUUGAACUAUCAUAUUACAUGUUGAUUUCCAACAUGGAAAUCCUUUUCUUAAAACAUCAAGGUUAAUUUUUAAUUUUAUUCCACUCCUCCUUCACAAUCUUCCAGAGUCUAUCCAAUGUUUGGGGAUGCCACUUAUAAAGAGCUUCUUUUAAAAGUCCAAAUGCACAGUAAUCCAUAUGAGACACAUCGAGGGAUUUGGGAGGGAUGCAUUGAAAGGGCAUAGCUUCAAUUACGAUUUCAUUUCUCAUUUUUUCAGAAAAAAGAGAGCACUAGAUUUGGAGGUAUGGCACGGAGCCUUAUCCCUAUGGAAUCGUG